AUGCCUGAUUGCCCAGUUGAGGAAACCGGUUCCAUAUUACGAUUGUUGCUAGACUCUACGGGAGAUGUGGUCUCGGGUGGUGGUUUCCUUCGAGCUCUCCCCAUGUUGUUCGAAGAGGUGGGUGCACCUCGGGAUGCAUUCAAACGAUUAAAAUCCGACAAUUCACUGGGAGAAGUUAUUGGUGCCCACCAGCAGUGCAAAGCUUCGGGUAUGACGGAAUUCGAAUCCGCACAUCUGAACGUGUUACAACUACUCCACAAGAGCAUAUCCGAAUCGUCAAGUCUGAACGGAGAAACGUGUUUACGCUUGAGCGAUGUGAUUAGUUUACCCAGUGCCCGGAAAGGUAACCCAAGGAAAGCAAUCUUUUUCAGUCUGGGUCCAAAUUUCGCCAAUGGACACGUUCGCUUGACUCCUGGCCCACAUGGAUCGCGCCAUCUGUCUUCUACGGAAACCCGUGCGUUCUUGCAUUUGCACGCAACUGGGAGGUCUACAGUGGUGGACAAAAAGUUGUUGGUUGGUUGGUUUCUCCCUAAAGGAUAG